UUCCCAUACAUGUGGUAAAAGGAUUUAUGAACCGCCCAGGCGCGAUUUGCAACGCGGGAAAUACUUGCAGAAAUAGGAGCACACAUUGUAUCCACAUUUACAGUGUGAACACAUUUUUUGUAAAUUUAUGAAUUUUUGUGCUAUUUUUUUUAUAAGGAAUUGUGGCACGGUUUUCUACGUCUUUGGAAAUGAAUCCUAUUUUCAUUCCUGAUUGAAUAGCUGAAUUUUGUGGGACACUUUCAGUCUUAUAGCUAGCUGCCUAACCAAACUUUUUGCAAAAGUUAGGUUACUUGAUAGCAAAGCUGGGUAAAUAGCUUUUUUCUUUAGAUGGCAAGUGAUUCCUGAGCAUUGUGAUACAAUUUGAGAUUUGAUAAGCUUUUGACACAUUCGUCUUUCAUCUCAACGAUGGCCGAGAACAAGCAUCCUCAAGUUAUUUUUUGCAACGACUCUCCAAAGAGGGUCCUGGUGUCUGUGAUCAAAACCACCCCGAUGAAGCCCAGGAAGAACGAAUCUCUGAUACCGACCAGCCCUGGAUUCAGCGAGUUCAUGGUGUACCCGUGGAAGUGGGGGGAGAACGCCCAUAAUGUGAGCCUGAGCCUGAGCCCGGGCUCCGUAAACGGGGCUGCCUCCCCUACCGGGACCAACACCGCCAGCGAGGCGGACAUGGGUGCCUCCCCUGACCAGAUGAAGGACAGUAAAGAGGACGCUAUUCGGCGUGGCCGCCCGCGUGCUGACACUGUCCGUGAGUUGAUUAACGAAGGGGAGAGUUCCUCCAGCCGCAUCCGCUGUAACAUCUGCAACCGUGUGUUUCCUAGAGAGAAAUCCCUACAGGCCCACAAGAGAACACACACAGGGGAGAGGCCUUACCCGUGUGACUACCCUGACUGUCGCAAGGCUUUUGUCCAGAGUGGCCAGCUAAAGACCCACCAGCGCCUUCACACCGGAGAGAAGCCCUUUGUCUGCUCUGGGAAAGCCUGCGGGAGUCGCUUUACCCAUGCUAACCGGCACUGCCCAAAGCACCCAUAUGCCCGCUUGAAGAGAGAAGACCCCAAGGAGGGACCAGACAAGGCCCAGUCUGUGGACAACAAGGCUGUGGCAGAGUGGCUGGCAAAGUACUGGCAGACCCGUGAGCAGCGUGCCCCUGUGCCCACCAAGGGGAAACACCAGGGCAAGGGCGGGGUGGAGGACCAGGAGCAGCAGGACCCCCGGGAGUUUCUCCAAUCAGAUGAGGAGGAAGAGGAGGAGCCAAUGGAGGAAGAGAAGUGCAACGGGGGUGGGGCUGCCAAACGGAGUCUCCAAGAGCAACGGGAGCGUCUCCAUGGUGCCCUGGCGCUCAUUGAGCUGGCUAAUAACCUGUCUGCCUGAAACCCUACCCAUAUCCCAGUGUUGAAACCCUCCCCAGUCACUCCCCUUCUGCCUCCCUGCUCAAUGUGUUCUGGGUAGAAGUUGUCUGUAGGGAAACAUCUAGGAUAAGCUUACCCUCCCCAAAUACUUAACCAUUAAUGGGGGGAAAUUCUAAGCGGAACUUAGAUCAGUAUCUGGGGUUCUUCUUCUCCAUGUGCAGUGUGGGGCAGGCACAAGCUAAAAGCACCUUAUCCAGCUUCCAAUUGUAUCCUUAUUAGGCUGCUAAGAUUGUAGAUCACAGGUGACUGGUGGCACCUUAGUUGGGGAGGACGGGCUCAUAAUAAUGGCUGGAAUGCAAUAAAUGGAACAUUCCAUUCUCUACAUUCCAGCCAUUAUUAUGAGCCUCCCCUCACCAGCCUCCUGUGUUGUAGAUGUCAAUAUAUGAAGAACGUUUCACUUUCCUCUGCCUUCUAAAGACUGGAGGAGAUUACCUUUUAAUGUUUAGUUUGUUUUGUUUGCACUUUGGUGGUAACGAGUUAUUUGUUAUGUCUUUUACUUUUGACGAUAAAGUAUAUUGUGUGAGUAUGUUUAUAUAAUGGAAGUCUAUGUAGAUUUAGCUCAGAUGGAUGGAGUGAUACAGGGUGCGGUCAGUCAUAGGACAGUUUAGGUGUAUAUAAAUACUGGAAAGUGGAUUCCUCUCCUGAUUCUCUGAUCUGGACUGUGACACGAUAGGUGAAAAAGCAAUGUGGUGGAAGCCUGUCAGGGGAUUUCGCUUCCACCUGUCUAGUUCUUUCACAUCAGUGCAGGUGAAGGAGAGUAGAUGAGGGGAGGAAGUCACUGUAGAGACUAUUGAGAUGCAACCCAUUGCAAGCCUAAUCUACAGUAGUGGCUAGCCACAAGCUUUCACAAAAAUUCAAGCUCCAACCCCUUCACCUAUUAAACGUAUCACACCCAGAACUGUAGCUAUAACCCGGGAGGGACAACUCUGGUCCUGGAGAGCCGCAGAGUGAGCAGACGCAGCCCCAUAUCAGCUCUUAACAAACCUGAUCUAGGUGAUCAUCUUAUCAUGUGGAUUUAGACCACAGUUAGUUGAGUCAGGUGUGUUAGAGCUGGGCUGGAACAAAAGCCUGCCCAUGCUAUAGCUGUGCAGGCCUGGCGUUGGCCUUCUCCACUCUAACCAAAUUACAUGGCCAGACAUACGGAAGAGGACUAUGUAAAGUCAUUAGUGUCGCCAUCUUUUAUAUUAAAAGAUGCUGGCUGAUUGGAGAUACGGACUUGUAGCCCCAUUGUUGGUGUAGGGUACAAGUCUUCUCUAUAAUCAACAUUUCAUAGGUAUUUAUUUCAUCAUGUUUUUUCGUCCUUUUUGUUAAUGAUUUGCUAUCACAAGCUGUCUCCAAGUACUGACAUAUAGUUCCAUUGAAGAAUAUAUUGAUCAUCGCCUCCCUAAAAGUAUUUAGUAUCUAUCGACGUCAACUUAUGGUCAUUAGAAUUGUACUCCCCUUUGCAGCAGCACGUAUGUAUCUCCAGUAUCUGCUACUAAGUUGUGCAUUUAUGGAUUAAGCUUGCAAUGUAACAUGUUUCCAACUAUUAGACUAGUCUAGAGAAAUGGGACAUGUUUCUACAUAAAAGAGGGUGUAAUGAAUGCUUGGCGUUGGCAAUGUUUUAUUAUUUGUUAGCAACACUACAUCUCUUAACAUUGUGUAAAUUGCCAAUUGUUUUUAAAUAUAUGUUUUUGUUGUUUUCAUUAGGUUUUUGCUUCCCGCAACACCCAGAUCCUUUGUUGGCCAUAUGUGAUUAAGUGUUGUAUCCCACUGGACACAUACUGGUUGAAUCAACGUUGUUUCCAAGGCAUAAAAAAACUAUGUUAUGACGUUGAAUCAACGUGCAAAACUGAUUACAUUUGGAAAAAGUCAUUAAUGUAAAGGACAUUAGGGAAUAUUUGUCUUUUUCACCCAACUUUUAACCUAAACAACAUGCUUCAAAUGUUUGUUGAUAUUAUGUUUGUUGACAACUCAAUCAAAUGUAAAUCAAAACUAAACUCAGCAACAACAAAAAAAUGUCCUCUCACUGUCAACUGUGUUUAUUUUCAGCAAACUUAACAUGUGUAAAUAUUUCUAUGAACAUAACAAGUUUCAACAACUGAGACAUAAACUGAACAAGUUCAACAGACAUGUGACUAACAGAAAUGGAAUAAUGUGUCCCUGAACAAAGGGGGUCAAAAUCAAAAGUAACAGUCAGUAUCUGGUGUGGCCACCAGCUGCAUUAAGUACUGCAGUGCAUCUCCUCAUGGACUGCACCAGAUUUACCAGUUCUUGCUGUGAGAUGUUACCCCACUCUUCCACCAAGGCACCUGCAAGUUCCCGGACAUUUCUGGGGGGGAAUGGCCCUAGCCCUCACCGUCUGAUCCCAGACGUGCUCAAUGGGAUUGAGAUCCGGGCUCUUCGCUGGCCAUGGCAGAACACUGACAUUCCCUUCUUGCAGGAAAUCAUGCACAGAACGAGCAGUAUGGCUGGUGGCGUUGUCAUGCUGGAGGGUCAUGUCAGGAUGAGCCUGCAGGAAGGGUACCACAUGAGGGAGGAAGAUGUCUUCCCUGUAACGCACAGCAUUGAGAUUGACUGCAAUGACAACGAGCUCAGUCCGAUGAUGCUGUGACCCUCCACCUCCAAAUCGAUCCCGCUCCAGAGUACAGGCCUCGGUGUAACGCUCAUUCCUUCGACAAUAAACGCAAAUCCGACCAUCACCCCUGGUGAGACAAAACCGCGACUUGUCAGUGAAGAGCACUUUUUGACAGUCCUGUGUGGUCCAGCGACAAUGGGUUUGUGCCCAUGGGUGACGUUGUUGCCGGUGAUGUCUGGUGAGGACCUACCUUACAACAGGCCUACAAGCCCUCAGUCCAGCCUCUCAGCCUAUUGCGGACAGUCUGAGCACUGAUGGAGGGAUUGUGCAUUCCUGGUGUAACUCGGGCAGUUGUUGUUGCCAUCCUGUACCUGUCCCGCAGGUGUGAUGUUCGGAUGUACCGAUCCUGUGCAGGUGUUGUUACACGUGGUCUGCCACUGUGAGGACGAUCAUCUGUCUGUCCUGUCUCCCUGUAGCGCUGUCUUAGGCGUCUCACAGUACAGACAUUGAAAUGUAUUGUCCUGGCCACAUCAGUAGUCCUCAUGCCUCCUUGCAGCAUGCCUAAGGCACGUUCACGCAGAUGAGCAGGGACCCUGGGCAUCUUUCUUUUGGUGUUUUUCAGAGUCAGUAGAGGGGCCUCUUUAGUGUCCUAAUUUUUCAUAACUGUGACCUUAAUUGCCUACUGUCUGUAAGCUGUUAGUGUCUUAACGACCGUUCCACAGGUGCAUAUUCAUUAAUUGUUUAUGGUUUAUUGAACAAGCAUGGGAAACAGUGUUUAAACCCUUUACAAUGAAGAUCUGUGACGCUAUUUCAGUUUAGAUGUUGAAUUGACGUCUGUGUCCAGUGGGAAUACAUGUCCAAUACAUUGUUUUGAUAGAGCACAGGUUCAACUGGAAUUUAGUUAAUCAAAACAACCCAAGUGUAGUGUAUAUAUCUUGAACACUUUGUUGAUUAUUUGGUUAAAACGUUAAGUUUUGGCAGUUAAUAUAUUCCAUAACUUGUUUGUUUGAAAAAGAGAAAACAAAUCUCCUGCACACAAUCUACAGUACAAGAGUUGAUGUUUAAAUGAUUAUGAAAUUCACUCUCCCUCCCACCAUGUUAACAGACCAUAGCAUUGUGUGUUUUAGGCCUUGAUAUGAAAUGUUCUGACUUGCUUUGUAGAGACAACAUUGUUGUUGAGAAACAGUUUCUCUUUAUAGGCAGUCCACACUGUUGGUACUUGUUGGUCCUAAAUAAACACCAUCAAUGAUCCUGGA